UUUCCCCUGGUUUUAACUUGGUCACACUCAUUCUGUCCUUCACUGAUUCCCCCUCUCUUUUCCAGUUUUGGGUUCUUUAAGCUCCUCUGGUGCCUCCCUGUGAAGCAAGGCGCUGAGGGCUAUGGAGUAUCAAAUGGGUGUUUCAUUUCUCCUCAUGGUUUUCUCUCUUUUGUCUCUUCAGGCAACCGCUGAAGAUGUAUUUGUUGGUGUGAAUAUAGGAACUGAUCUUUCAGUUAUGCCUCACCCGACACAAGUGGUGACCCUUCUGAAAGCCCAACAGAUUCGACAUGUUCGAUUAUACGAGGCCGAUGGUGCAAUGCUGAUGGCCCUUGCGAACACAGGCAUUCAAGUUAUGGUAACUGUCCCCAAUGAACAGAUUUUAGGGAUUGGCCAAUCAAACGCCACUGCAGCUAACUGGGUUAAUCACAAUGUCAUAGCACAUUACCCAGCUACUAACAUCACGGCCAUUUCUGUUGGCUCUGAGGUUCUAACAACUCUUCCUAAUGCAGCUAAAAUUCUUGUUAAUGCCCUGAAGUACAUUCACUCAGCUCUUGUUGCAGCCAACCUUGACCACCAGAUCAAGGUCUCUACGCCUCUUUCUUCUUCAAUUAUUCUCGAUUCAUUCCCACCUUCUCAAGCGUUCUUCAACUCGUCGUUGAGUUCUGUGAUAGUCCCCCUGCUUGGUUUCUUGCAGUCCACCAACUCCUUCCUUAUGCUCAAUGUGUAUCCCUACUAUGACUAUAUGCAAUCUGAUGGCUUUAUUUUGUUGGAUUAUGCACUCUUAAAGCCUCUCCCUUCGAACAAAGAAGCGGUUGAUUCCAACACGCUUCUUCGAUACUCCAAUGUUUUUGAUGCUAUGGUUGAUGCUGCCUACUCUGCCAUGGCUUCUCUUAAUUUCACUAACAUACCCAUUGUAGUUUCAGAAACUGGCUGGCCAUCAAAAGGUGGCUCUAAUGAGCCAGAUGCGACCUUGGAAAAUGCAAACACUUACAAUAGCAACUUAAUUAGGCAUGUGCUGAACAAAACUGGAACUCCUAAGCAUCCAGGGAUUGCUGUUAGUACUUACAUUUAUGAGCUCUAUAAUGAGGACAUGAAACCUGGGCCAAUCUCAGAGAAGAAUUGGGGAUUGUUUGAUGCAAGUGGAAGGCCUAUAUACAUUCUGCGCUUGACAGGGUCAGGACUUGUGUUAGCCAAUGAUACGAUGAACCCGACGUACUGUUCUGCAAAAGAUGGUGCUGACCCAAAGAUGCUGCAGGCUGCAUUGGAUUGGGCAUGUGGACCUGGCAGGGUGGAUUGUUCAGCUUUGCUUCAAGGGCAGCCAUGCUACGAACCUGACAAUGUGAUGGCUCAUGCAUCAUACGCUUUCAAUACUUAUUAUCAUCAAAUGGGGAAGGCAUCGGGUUCAUGUGACUUCAAUGGGGUGGCUGCAGUUACAACCUCAAAUCCAAGCCAUGGAUCCUGCUCUUUUUCAGAAAGUGUCGGGAGGAAUGGCACCAUGGCAAACAUCACAGCCCCAUCAAUGAACUCCACAAAUUCAGAAUCUUCUGCAAGCGAUCUUGGGCAUAAUAUUUUGAGUUGCGCAGUUAUGAUGGUUGGAGCUCUGCUUGGAACUUCCAUUUGGUUGUAGAGAAGAUGUGCAUUAGAAGUGCUUUUGCAAUUUUUGCUUCUUUUUUUUUUUUUUUUUUCUUUUUUCUUUUGGAUGAUCCAUUAGUGGGGUGAGUUAUGUUCUCUCUCGCAGAGUGGUGAUCUGGUUAGUUUUAGGCUAUUCUCUCUCCUUCCAUUCAAUUUUGUACAAGCCAAGAUGGAGUUGUGGAGAAUUGGAAUUGUAUUAGGCUAUUGUUAUUAGCUCUUCUAAACUGAAACUGAUGUAACAUUUUUUCCUUCUGCUUUGGAAAUCAGGGCUUUAUUAUUA